AGUGAUUCUAAGGAUGGGAAAACGAGGGCAACCGGGACUCUUGUCUCAAAUGAUUUUCGCUCUGGCAUUUUGCUUGGUAGCCACUAGAGUGGCUGCUUAUGAGCCUUACUACUACAAAUCACCACCUUCACCAUUAAAAUCUUCACCUCCUCCAUAUCACUACUUGUCUCCUCCCCCUCCAAAAAUGUCUCCUCCCCCUCCUUAUAUCUAUAAAUCUCCACCUCCACCAUCUCCCUCCCCGCCACCUCCGUACCACUACUCUUCACCUCCCCCGCCAAAAAAGUCUCCCCCACCUCUAUACGUAUAUAAGUCUCCACCUCCACCAUCUCCCUCCCCGCCACCUCCAUACCACUACUCUUCACCUCCCCCGCCAAAGAAGUCUCCCCUACCCCCGUAUAUAUAUAAGUCUCCGCCUCCACCAUCUCCCUCCCCGCCACCUCCGUACCACUACUCUUCACCUCCACCUCCAAAGAAGUCUCCCCCAACCCCGUAUGUAUACAAGUCUCCGCCUCCCCCGCCACCUCCGUACCACUACUCUUCACCUCCACCUCCACCUCCAAAGAAGUCUCCCCCACCCCCGUAUGUAUACAAGUCUCCGCCUCCACCAUCUCCCUCCCCGCCACCUCCAUACCACUACUCUUCACCUCCACCUCCACCUCCAAAGAAGUCUCCUGCACCUCCGUAUGUAUACAAGUCUCCGCCUCCACCAUCUCCCUCCCCGCCACCUCCAUACCACUACUCUUCACCUCCUCCACCAAAGAAGUCUCCUGCACCUCCGUAUGUAUACAAGUCUCCGCCUCCACCAUCUCCCUCCUCGCCACCUCCAUACCACUACUCUUCACCUCCCUCGCCAAAGAAAUCACCUCCUCCUCUAUACGUAUAUAAGUCUCCACCUCCACCAUCUCCCUCCCCGCCACCUCCAUACCACUACUCUUCACCUUCCCCGCCAAAGAAAUCUCCUCCUCCUCCAUACAUUUAUAAGUCUCCCUCCCCGCCACCUCCAUAUCACUACUCUUCACCUCCACCUCCAAAGAAGUCUCCCCCUCCUCCAUACAUCUACAAGUCUCCACCUCCACCAUCUUCCUCACCUCCCCCUCCCUACUAUUAUAAGUCUCCACCACCUCCAACUCAUUCCCCACCUCCUUCAUACUAUUAAGCUUCAUUUGAAUCAACUUGAGAUAAAUAUACACGCAACAAUAACGUACUUUUCUCUAUAUCAUUUACAAACAAAUUUCCAAAAUGAAGACAAGGAUCUUGAAUGAAUGUAUUUUUUUUUUGUACAAUAAGGAUCUUGAUAGAGUGAAGGUCCAUGGUAAAAUCAUUGUUUUUGUUUCAUCUUGUUACAAUGUAAUGUAAUUGUAAUGGUAGUAAUUAUAAUUCCAAAGAGAAUUAUAUAUUUGUUA